CACGCCCGCUAACUUGUACAUAUAGAGACACGCAUGCGCUCUGAGCUUCAGUCCGCCGUUUUCAAUUAACCGCCAUAAGUUAUAUUAACUAUAUGUAUCGGACCCGGCUCCGAUUAUUGCUUGUAACCGUUCCGGCGCUGUAGUUUUAAUAGAAACGCUGGCAUCAGGGUCAGCUGACGGGUCUCGUGAUGCAGACUGAAUCGCCUCUUUUUUGUGGUUUGCCGAGCAGAAACUCGAUCGAUAUUACAGAUUUUACGGUGUAUUUUCUACUAAAACUGUCACCACGAAAAGCCGUUCGCUGCCGGUCCUUGACAUUUACUUUGUAACGUUGCGGUAACGGUUAACGGCAGUUGGACGGUCUGUUGUCGCUCGUUGAGGACAUUCAACGCCUCUCGGGUUGUCGUACGUCGGGUGACCAUCAGGGUGGAGAGUGUAAAGUGAAGUCAUGACUGAUCAAUUCAAGAGGUUGUAGAGGAUCACCAGUGAACAUGCCUUUGAUACCAGUUGUGCCAGAAAACCACAGUCAUGUUCUGGCCGAGUUUGACUGCCUCGAUCCACUUCUGUCUGCUCUCCGUUUGGACUCGGGCCGGCUCAAGUGUACCUGUUUGGCAGUGUCAAGGAAGUGGCUCGCUUUAGGAACGUCAGCAGGAGGGUUGCACCUGAUCCAGAAGGAGGGCUGGAAGCAAAGGCUCAUCCUCACUCACAAGGAGGGGUCUAUCACUGAGGUGGCAUGUUGCCCUCAUGACGAAGACUUUAUCGCUGUUGCAACAAGUCAGGGUCUGGUGGUGGUGUGGGAGCUGCAGCUGGAGCGACGGGGUCGUCCAGAGAGAGUCGGCGUGUCCUGGGAGCACAGAGGUCGGGCCAUCUCUGCCCUCUGCUGGGACACCAGCGCACUUAGAGUUUUUGUGGGGGACACUGGAGGCAAGGUGUCCUUUCUCCGUGCAGGAUCCUCCAAGAUGGGCAAAGGGUCAGCAUUCGUUAUCUUCCCUGUUCAGACCGUCACCACUGUGGACUCCAGAGUGGUUCAGCUCGGGUACCAAGAUGGUCGCCUGCUGGUAUCUUCCCUGACGCGCUGCUACCUCUGUGACACAGAGAGGGAGAAGUUCUGGCGUGUUGGAAACAAGGAGCGUGAUGGGGAGUAUGGAGCAUGUUUUUUCCCUCAGAACAGGGGCUUAUUGGUUGGUCAGCCCCCCCUGCUGUACUCUGCCCGGCCGGGGUCGCGAAUAUGGGAGGCCAGUUUUAAUGGCGAGGUUCUGAGCACCCAUCAGUUCAAACAGCCUCUGGCCUGUCCUCCUCUACCUCUCAUCCCUUACAGAGAUGAGCCACAACAUUACAACCCAGUGCAGAAGAGCCCCCAGUCAAUCGCCUUCCAGAAACUGCUUUAUUUUGGAGACCAAAACCUGCUGACCUGGACAGAUUCAGCUGUUUAUAUCUUCACACCUCAGAACGGUCAAGUGCUUCUGUGGACUGAGGUCAAAGACUUGCUGGAUAUUGCUGUCUACCGCAACGAGCUCUUCUGUCUCCAUGGCAGCGGACGCCUGUCCCACCUCUCCCUGUUGUCUGCCGAGCGCUGUGUCGAGCGUCUGCUCCGGAGGGAGGCGUGGCCUCUAGCUGCUAUGGUCUGCUGUAUGUUCCAGCACACGAUCACCACCAGCAGGGCCAGGAAAGCAAUUCCCAUCGACCGCCUUGAACAUCUCCGGUCCCAACUGAGCUCCAACACAGACCUGGAGCUGACUGGCCAGCUGGAGGAAGUCAUCACUAAACUGGAGCCUUUGGACUCCGCCUCCAGCAGCCGAAGAAGUAGCAUCUCCUCACAUGAGAGCUUCAACGUGCUGGACUGUGGGAUCUAUCGCGUGAUCAGCCGCAGAGGAAGUCAGUCGGAUGAGGAGACGAGCUCCCUCAUCAAUCACUCCAUGUCCGAGGAGGAGCGGCUCAAAGAGUUCAGCUUUGUGCAGGAGGAUGAUCAGGUGGAUCCUGAUCCACAGAGCAGUGAGCGUUUGGAGGCCGAGCGAUCUGAGCAAGGCCUGCACUUCCACCUCCCCCUCUCAUUCCGCCCCAAACCCCCUCGCAUCGCUCUGCAGGCUGUCAAAGACAGUGUUUCCAGUUUUGUUAAGAAGACGACUGAGAGGAUCAACACCCUGCAGAUGAACUCUGAGCUGUGGCAGCGGCCUGAAUUCAAAGACAGCGGACAUUCAGACACGUCAGCCUCCGCCUCCUACUCAGAGGAAAUGGACAACGAAGUUUAUGACGAAAUGCCAAACGCAGAGGCCGACACGCAGGAACUCCAAUCGGCGACGGAGCGCGCUGUCUCCCAGAUCCAAGAUCCUCUGGUGCUACUGGAUCCGGUCUGCCUGGGAGAAACUCUGCAGGAGUGGCUGGCGGUGCUGCAGCGAAUACUCGGACCCGGAGAGCACAGGUCGGGAGAGGAGAGGUGGGAUUAUCUAAACUCCUGCUCAGAGCGACAAGAGGAGUCUUUGAUGUCGUCAGGAGAACGCACAGAGAGCGUCACGGAGGAGAAGAAAGAAGAGUCUCGUGAGCUUGAAGAAAAAGAGGACCAGUGUGACUCCACUGAGAAGAAGACUGGGAUUCCAAAUGGGAUCCCUCCAGAACCGGUUAGAGUGGUGUCUCCCAAACCGGUACCAUCGGAUCUACUGGCAAAUCUCACCCAGCUGGCAACACUGUACGCAGAGAUGAGGUGCUUCGGAAAGCAGCAGGAUGAAGUCUUGGGUUGUACACCUUUCCUGCGCUCCUACUUCUUUCUGCUGGACCAAGAGCGCGUGAGGAGAAUGUGUCUGCUGUGUCAUCAGGAUCAGCCGCAGGUGCAGAGCUCCUUCAUCGAGGCCAUGCUAGAUCUCACUCGGUCCAGUAAGGUGGUGGAGGUCAUUCAGAGAGGAGAUUUGAUGAGAUCACUGCGCAGUCUAAGAGAGCUGCAGCCCUGGAGUGCCCCUCCACUCCUUGCUCACUUGCACAGGCUGUAUCAGAAGCACAGGGAGGCGGCUGUACGCUCGUUCACGCAGUUCUAUCCCACGAUAACUCCUGCUGAUGUGAUGACCAUGGCUCAACAAGGCCACUUCCUGGCGUACCUGGAUAAUCUGGUGCAAUCUCGAACUGAGGAGCACAGGUUGUCAUUUCUGCAGAACCUUCUUGAACCGGAAUCACUGAGACAGGAUUGGCUGGAGCUGGCACUUACCCACGAUGCCCCUCAACGCUGUGAUACCCUGAGUCCCGAUGGACAGCCCAGGUGGCAUUCGCAUCGCUUCAGUUGGGGUUAUGGCCGCCUCCUGUCUCUCCUCAUCCGUCUUCCAGCAGACCUGUCCUCCAAGCAGAAGAUGGCAGAGACGUGUCGCAGUCACGGGUAUUGGACGGGCUACAUCUACCUCUGCUGUGAGCUGCAGUGUCGCAAAGAAGCGUUCAGCACCAUCUGUCAGCUGGAUGACAUCCGCCUGCUGGAGGAAGCGGACGGUGUUGCGCCGCAGACCCUGGAAGAGUGGAGGCUCUUGAUCCAGUUGUCUCAGCGAUGCAGCAGUGAGGUCGACUCUGAGCCGGCCACAGGCGUGAACGGGAGCAGCCGGUCCAACGGCUCGGCAGGUCCUGGUGGAAAGAUCAGCCCGGAGAACCUGACCCUGAUGCUGGCCCGGACGGCCGGGCCUGACCGCGCCAUGGCCGUCCUAGAGGAGUGCGGAGUGCAGGUGGUCCUCUCGCCUCACUCCAAACUGGUCUGUGAGCUUCUGAGAGUCACUGAGAAGAGGCAGAGAGCAAUGAUCCAGACAAUGCUGGAGCGCUGCGAUCGCUUCCUCUGGUCUCAGCACGCCUAGCGCUAACAUCUCGAACACUGAACGUCUCCCAGUCACUGCUGCUGGCGCUGCAACUAAAGUUGUGCACUGUAACAUUUGUGAAAGCUUCACAGCUUAUAUUAAGGUACAUAUCCUUCCUGUGAAAACAGUAUUAACUUAUUAACUCUACUUAAAUGUGUCUUUUGCAUGUAGAGGACACACAUGAAGUGUCAACAAUGUCAGUGAAAUGUCCAACCAACUAAUAUGUGAAUAAAAGUUGUCUGUAUUUUAUUUAUUUUUUGUUUGUUAAACCGUUUUUUGUGAGCAUGAUGACGGGACAGCCUCAAAGCAGAGAACAAGCACAAGAGCGGUUUUAAUGCAACCUGCAGAUUCCUUAAUUGUGUUUUUGUUUAUUUCUGCACACUAGAAGCUUAACCCUUGUGUCGCCUUCGGGUCAUAUUGACCCGAAGGCGACACAAGGGUUAAAUAUUGAAUCGGGUCAAAAUGACCUGAAGGCAACACGAGGGUUAAACAUGAUUGCUUCUUUCUUGAAAAGAUAAUGUAAUCCCAUGUAUCCAGACAUAUAGAUAGUUGGGGUGUAUUUAUUGAGGUUGUGAGAGUUUUAAAGACCUAAAAGAAUCCACAUAACUAGAAGCGGGGAAGGCCUUUUAUCUUCCUGUAGUUUAAGUAUUUGUUUGAAUUUUUCUUCUACAUUUCAGGUCACAUAAAGUGGAUUAUGGGUAAUGGGGUUCAACAGAGAUAAUAAUAAUACCAUUGUAAUGAAAUGGGCCUGAUGACUCAUUUGAUGGUAUCACACACCUGGUGCAUCAAAGGGAAGAUGCAGGCCGCCCGGUGCUUCACAUUCGAGCUCUGAAGGAAACGGACACAACCCAACUUCACAGAGCUGUCUGCUCUUAUUUCUAUCCUCGCGCUGGUUCUUCAAUCAAUUCCCAGAAUCCUCAUCUUCCGUCUGACCCACCUGUCUGUGUCACUGGCACAGGGACGAUCAGAUUGAAGGUUUUGACGUGGCUAAGACGGACGCACUCGUAAUGAAAAUGAAAGAUGUUCGUCACAUGUCAUUGUGAAAUUCCAUUUAUCUGCUAAAUAAUAAUAAUAAAUGAGACUCUUUUUAA